AUGACACCAGGAGAUGCAGAGAACGCCGACAAUGUGGUGACAUGUACCAUUUAUAGCUUAUCAUAUAAUGUUGUAGUUCUUUUUUAUUCGGGUGCAACCCACUUCUUUAUAUCUCGAGAAUUUGUUAAACAAUGUGGAGUGGAGGCUCAACCGUUAGAGGUUGAGUUAGGUGUGGAUACGCCAUCAGGGUUAGUGGUGGUAUGCAGUAGAGUUGUCAAGGAUUACCUGAUAGAGAUUCAGGGGAGGAGGCUGCUUGCCAAUCUAAUUGUGUUUGAUAUGCAUGGGUUUGAUGUAAUCCUAGAGAUGGAUUCGCUGGAAUCCAGUUUUAUGAGACAAUUGCUUCUGGGGGGUUGUCAAGGAUACCUGGCGAGUGUGAAAGAAUCACCUAAGGAGGGAUUGAAGUUGGAGGAUAUCUCGGUGAUAAAGGAGUUCUCCGAUGUCUUUCUUGAAGACUUGCUAGGGUUGCUUCCAGACAGGGAAGUGGAUUUUGCUAUUAAGUUAGCACCAAGGACAGCACCAAUCUCCAAGGCACUUUACAGGAUGGCUUCAGCUGAGUUGAAAGAACUAAAGGAGCAGUUUCUUCCUUUGCUGGAUUUAUUUAAUGAGGUGGAAUUCCAGAGAACCUGUGGACAGAUGAUAGAUUUGAUCACCAUGCUUGAAGGAGAGAAGGAUCUUUCAAAGUACUCACUGCCUAUCCAUCGUCGCAUCGUUCAGUACAAAACCGCUUAUUACUCAUUUUACCUUCCGGUUGCAUGUGCUUUGCUUAUGUUUGGUGAGAAUUUGGACGAUCAUGUAGAGGUUAAGAAUAUUCUUGUUGAAAUGGGAAUCUACUUCCAAGUACAGGAUGAUUAUAUGGAUUGUUUUGGUGAUCCUGAAGUGAUUGGUAAAAUUGGGAUAGAUAUUGAAGAUUUUAAGUGCUCUUGGUUGGUUGUAAAAGCACUGGAACGCUGUAAUGAGGAGCAAAAGAAAUUAUUACGUGAGAACUAUGGCAAAGCCAAUCAAGCCAAUGUUGCAAAAGUGAAGGAACUUUAUAAAGAGCUUGAUAUUGAGGGUGCGUUUUUGGAAUAUGAGAGCAGUAGCUAUAAGAAGCUAACCAGCGCGAUUGAAGCUCAGCCAAGUAAAGCAGUAGAAGUUGUGCUGAAAUCAUUUUUAGGGAAGAUAUACAAGCGGUAG